GCCGGACGCCGCGGCCGGGCUAAAGGCGGUCAAGCUCCAUGGCAAACCGGUGGAGUGCGUGGGGUCGUUCAAGUACCUCGGCACGGAGGUAGGGUGUGACGGCUCCACCGAUGCCGAGACGCAUCGCAGAUGCGGUCUAGCUCUCGGUGUCGUCCGCCAGGUCUCUCCCGUCUGGAGGGACAGUAGCGUCCCAACCCACCUGAAAGCCGACUUGUUCCGUUCUCUCUCCCUCAGCGUUGCUUUGUACAACGCUGAGACAUGGACUAUUUCCCCAGCAGCAGCUACUUCCUUGCGACAGUUCCAGGACAGUGCCCUGCGGUACGUCCUGGGGGGACACUACAGAAACGCAGAGAAAAGUAGGGAGGAGCUGUGCGCCGAGCUAGGCCUGCAGGCGAUCGAGGACGAAGUAAGAUGCAAGAGAAUCGGAUGGAUCGCGCACACAUGCAGGGGGAUGCAAAUGAGGGGUCGAUGCGCAGAAUCGAGCAAGAGAUAA